AUGGCUGAACGUCUUACAUCCCAGUCUACGAGCGGUGACGAAGAGCAACACGUUUCCCCAACACCUCGGCCAGUUGGAAGCACUCUCCCUGUGCCCUUAGUUCAACCCAGCGAGACGGACUCAUCUGGGCUAUCACGAACACAGGACGAAGUAGCUGAAAAUUUGGCACCACCCCCCGGGGCGUUUUCAGCCUCGCCAUCUGAUAUUGCAAACCCCAUGGUGCACCAUCCCAACAUCCAGAUCGCAGACUCAAACACACCGCCAGUUGCACAUAAUGCAGGCGUUAGCCAGGAACCGAGCCACGAUGAUCAACCGCCCGUACGUGAACGUACAGCUUCUAUGAGCCCUAUCUCGCCAAGCUCUCCCACGGUCAACGAUGGAAAUGAGACGGAAGGGACGGAAUAUUGUGAUGAAGGCGUAGGUCUAGAUGGUGCUAAUGAAGGUGUCGACAUCGAUCUUCUCCUGCAACAGGUCGCAGAUGAUGAGGCGCAGAGGCGUAAUGAGGGACCAUGA